ACGCCACCUCCGUUUCCGUGACGAAGUCGCCUUCUCUAUCGCUAUAAAUCCAGGCCUGGGCCUCCUCGCUUCCUCACAAUUGCGGUUGUUUUGCUUUUCUACAAUCUGAAAAUUCCUCCUCCAAUUCUCUUUCCAAGCUUCUUCAGCCUUUCAAGAUGCAAAUCUUCGUGAAAACCCUUACUGGAAAGACCAUCACCCUCGAGGUCGAGUCUUCCGACACCAUCGACAACGUCAAAGCCAAGAUCCAGGACAAGGAAGGGAUCCCCCCAGACCAGCAGCGUCUUAUCUUCGCCGGAAAGCAACUCGAAGACGGCCGAACCCUCGCAGAUUACAACAUCCAGAAGGAGUCAACCCUCCACUUGGUGCUCCGUCUGCGUGGUGGCAUGCAGAUCUUUGUCAAGACCCUCACCGGCAAGACUAUCACCCUGGAGGUCGAAAGCUCCGACACCAUCGACAACGUCAAGGCCAAGAUCCAGGACAAGGAGGGCAUCCCUCCAGACCAGCAGAGAUUGAUCUUUGCCGGAAAGCAGCUAGAGGAUGGCAGGACCCUUGCCGACUACAACAUCCAGAAGGAGUCGACCCUUCACUUGGUUCUUCGUCUCCGUGGUGGGAUGCAAAUCUUCGUCAAGACCCUUACAGGGAAGACCAUCACCCUUGAGGUGGAGAGCUCCGACACCAUCGACAACGUGAAGGCCAAGAUUCAAGACAAGGAGGGCAUCCCACCGGACCAGCAGAGGCUUAUAUUUGCAGGAAAGCAGCUCGAGGACGGCCGCACCCUUGCCGACUACAACAUCCAGAAAGAGUCCACUCUUCAUUUGGUGCUUCGUCUCCGUGGUGGCAUGCAGAUUUUUGUGAAGACCCUGACUGGCAAGACCAUCACCCUGGAGGUUGAGAGCUCGGACACCAUCGACAAUGUUAAGGCCAAGAUCCAGGACAAGGAGGGGAUCCCACCGGACCAGCAGAGGCUGAUCUUUGCCGGGAAGCAGCUCGAGGAUGGCCGCACUUUGGCGGACUACAACAUCCAGAAGGAGUCGACCCUUCACUUGGUGCUGCGUCUGAGGGGUGGUAUGCAGAUCUUUGUGAAGACCUUGACAGGGAAGACCAUCACCUUGGAGGUGGAGAGCUCGGACACCAUCGACAAUGUGAAGGCUAAGAUCCAGGACAAGGAGGGUAUUCCUCCGGACCAGCAGAGGUUGAUCUUCGCUGGUAAGCAGUUGGAGGAUGGAAGGACCCUGGCUGAUUAUAACAUUCAGAAGGAGUCCACCCUUCACCUUGUCCUCCGUCUCCGUGGUGGUUUCUAGAUUUGGCCGGUGACCGUCUGCUAUCUGUUUUCGUCGGAAGUAGUUUUAUGGUUUACUUUUUAUGUUUUUUAAGUUUCAUGGUACUCUUUUUGCCUCCUAAGUUGAGGCAUCUGGACAUGUUUGUGUUUUCCUUCUACUAUGUAUAAAUAAAUUCGAUUCUGGUUUAAUAAUUUCGUCUUUGAAAUC